AUGUCGUCACUCGCCGUGGACACCGCCACCGACGACUAUCUGCCGCUCGAGGAAGCAGACGGUGAUGUCUACAUGCACGGGCUACCUGACCAGCAAGGAGAAGGGGAACAGGAAGAACAUCAAGAAGAAGAAGAAGAUUACAACGAGAAUAGCUCCCUGCAGCUUAACGGAGAAGACAUCCACGCGGACAACCAGUUCGCCACCGUUUGGAUCUUGGUGGCUCGCGAGGCUCGUCUCUACAGUCUUGCAGAGCUACAAGAAGCCGACAUACUUCCUUCCGUCAGCGUCACGGGUGCUCCAGACGAUCCGGCGGUGGCCGAGGCGCUGAAGAUAGUGGAGGCGCUGGCCGACGAGCUCAACUGCCCGAUUUGCCUGCAGGAUGACGACGACGACACAACGGCGGCGGGGGGCACGUGGAAGGAAACUCCGUGCGGGCAUCGGUUCCACGGGCGGUGCGUGGAGAGGUGGCUGCACGCGGAAGGGAGCUGCCCCAUGUGCCGGCGCCAGGUGGUGACGAAGCCCACCACCCCUGACACCAGUAGUGUUGCAUCCCUGCGUUCAGCAUUGGCGGAUAUCUUCGAGGCGUAUGGCCAGGAUGUUGUCACGGAGUUACAGCAGCAGUUGCCUCUCUAG